AUGAAACAGCAGAAAGACAUGAAUGUGGUGUCUGCAAUAGAGGCCCUUGAUGGAGAAGAUAUGGGAGCGACUAUUGAGGAGAGGCUGGCUGUCGAAAUAUUGGCACCCGUGUUGAUGAACUUUGAAGUUGAUUUUUGGACUGACUAUGUGGAGACCAUCCAACUUGAGGAGGACUGCAGCCCAAGCAUUGAGCACCAGAGGAGGUUAAAUCCACCAAUGCAAGAGGUGGUCAAAAAGAAGAUCAUCAAGUGGUUAGAUGUUAGGGUGAUGUACCCCAUUUCUGACAGUCAAUGGGUCAGCCCAGUGCAAUGUGUGCCCAAAAAGGGUGGUAUGAAAGUGGUUGCAAAUGCGAAGAAUGAGUUGAUCUCGCAGAGACCAGUCAUUGGAUGGAGAGAAAAGAUCACUUUUACAUACCCUUAUGGCACAUUUGCAUUUAAACGCUUGGCAUUUGGACUAUGUAAUGCACCAGAAACUUUCCAGAGGUAUGUGAUGUCUAUCUUCUUAGACAUGGUGAAGGAUACUCUGGAGAUAUUCAUAGACGAAUUUUCAGUGGUAGGUGAUACUUUUGGUGAUUGUUUGUUCAAUCUUAGUAGGGCUACAUGGAUGCAAAGAGGACAAUCUAGUGUUGAACUGGGAGAAGUGUCAUUUCAUGGUCAAGGAAGGUGUUUUUUCAAGGACUUGUCAAAAAUUGCACAUUCCUUGUGCAAACUUUUGGAGAAGGACCUAAAAUUUGCUUUUGAUGAAGCAUGCCUAAAAGCCUUUAAAUGCCUAAAGGAUAAGCUGAUUUCUGAACCAGUGAUUAUUGGCCCAGAUUGGGCUGACCCAUUUAAGGAACUACUGGUUGUGGUUUAUGCCUUCGAGAAAUUCAGGGCCUACUUGCUGGGUACUAGAGUGUUUGUCCACACAGAACAUGCAGCUUUGAGAUAUCUCAUGGCAAAGGAAGAUGCCAAGCUAAGGUUGAUCAGAUGGGUGUUGUUGCUUCAGGAGUUUGAUUUUGAGGUUAAGGAUAGGAGAGGUUGUGAAAACCAUGUGGUUGAUCACCUGUCUAGGUUGGAUAUUGAAAAUAAAGAAGAACUUGAGCCAGAAAUCAAUGAUUCAUUCUUAGAUGAGCAGGUAUUAGCUGCAACUCUUGAUCUUAUUCCUUGGUUUGCUGAUUUUGCUAACUUUCUUGUUAGUGAUUUGAUGCCUGAGGGGCUAACAUUUCAGCAAAGGAAGAGAGGCCUAUCACUCCUCUCAGUGGGUGGCCAUCAUGGAGGCACUCUGACAACCCACAAGGUUGAGGUAGUUGCGCUGCCUGAGAAUGAUGGCAAAAGUGUUGCUGGCUUUCAAAAUAAGAAUAUAUUCUCAAGGUUUGGCACACCCAGAGCUAUUAUCAGUGAUGGCGAUUCCCAUUUUUGCAACAAGGUUUUCAGUGCUCUUCUGGCCAAAUAUGGGGUUAAACAGCACAAGGUGGCAACACCUUAUCACCACAGACCAGUGGCCAAGUGA